AGAGGAGCACAAAAACAGAUCAUUAGACGGCAAAUGAGCAAGAGGCCGCUGAGUGAAUAACAAGGAAGGGAUUACAAAGCGCAGGACUCUAAAAAGAGGAGAGGACACUGACUGAAGACUCUUUCUAUCUGCUCUCUCUCCCCUUUUUUCACCCUUCCUGUCAACCUCCCAACUUCUCUCAGAGAUUCUCCCCUCCCAGGCAGUCUCCUCAGAGAAAGAUGGCACACUCUGACCCAUCCUCAGCUCAUUUUCCUUUCUCACUUUGCUCUCUCUGAAUGCUUUCUUUUCUUCUCUGCUCUCUGCACGGGGUUCAUUCCAGGAAGUGAGGAGUGAGUAGGAGGAGGGGAGACAGAGGCUGACCUCCCUCCUGAUUCAUCCUCAACACCCCCCACUCACACCUCCUCCUAGGGCCUGAAGGGAGCAGGCAGGAGAGCAGGAAGCUGUCUGAUGACUUUCACCCACUACACGCUCUUUAACCUGGUCGACUGAAGCUUGAUCCUGCUGCCUCCAUUGACCCGGACUCUCAGAGUGAGAGCAGGAGAAACCAGGGAAUCAUGUUUGGAUUAAAGUCACCACACUUCUACCUUCCAGGUAUGAACCAUGAGUCCAAUAAAUCGCCAUCAUUAGGAAUGAUCUCCGCAGCAACUCGCACCACGGCCACAGUCAGUCCCCUUAGCCCACUAACCAAUGGGAACGCAGCUGCCCAGUCUGCAAACUCCGGAUUUGCUGCCGCCCUACGUAAACUGGCCAAGCAGGCCGAAGAUCCCAGAGUUUCUGCCUUCAGCGGUGAAUCGUCUCCAGUGUCUUCACCAGGCACCAGCCAUCCCUCGCCGGUCGCAACCCCUAAGCGGGGCUCAUUAGGGCCCCUCUUGGGCCAGAGCAGGGGCAACAGUCUGCCAAACAACCCUCCCGUUGUCACAAUUGCCCCCACCAAGACCAGCAACGGCCAGUGGAGGGCUGACGGCCGUCAGGUUGAGUCGAGUGUUCAGGGACUAAGUAGGAAGCGGGAAGGAGCUGAGAGCGCCCAGUUGCAGCAGGAUAAGAGGACACCGCCUGUGGCCCCACCUCAUUCGCUGGCUCAGUCCUUUGGCCGCACUCACAGCAGUAUCAUGCAAGACCCCCGCAUACAAAGCAUAAGUUUGCCAGGGCAGAUGCAUGCCGUGGUUCCCUCGGGUGCUGUUCCAGAAGAAUACCUGAGAGCUCUCCGGCCCUUCACCACCGCGGAUGAUCUCAGACUAACCUCUCUGCCCCUGAGUCUCGACCCUGCUGUAGCCGCCCAUGCAGCCGCUGCAGCUGCUUACUAUCACCCUGCCUACAUGCAUCACCCUCUGUCUUUACAAAGCAGGAUGGAGGAAUCCUUUUGUCUUUCUGCAUUGCGAUCGCAGUUCUACUCUGUUCCUGCAGGAGGCGCCUUCCCUCCCCUUCACCCUUCGGCCCUGCAGUUGCACCUACCUGGAGGCCGCUACCCAGGAGAAAUUAAUCACACAGCUUUCUCUGAGAGGCUGCAGAUGGAGAACGAGCUCCGCCAGCGCGAGAGAGAGCAGGAGCGCGAGCGAGAGAAAGAAAGGGAGCGCGAGGCCAGUCUGGAGCGAGAGCGGGAGGAGGAGCGGGAGAGGGAGCUGGACAGACAGAAGGAGAGGCAGAGGGACAGACAGCAGCAGAUGGUCCGGGCAGCCGAAAGUCACUACCUGGCUGACCUGCAGGCCCGGAGGGCGGCACCGCCGGAGGACAGGGCCAGACCUGGAGAGAGGCUGACUCCUACCAGGCUGGAUAAAACCAAAGACCCAGACCAGCUAAGUUUCCCAACACCAAAACCUGUACCCCUGCAUCCUGGACUUUCCUCCUCCAGAGCAUCUGUCCCACCGCCGGUGCCCAGCCUGCUGCCCGCUCACUUAGGGAAGCAUCGUGCUGCUGCCUCUGGAGGGAUCCAUGAAGCUCUGGCAGCUGCCAUGAUGACUCAGAGGGCGAGCGAAGAAGUGUGGCUGGCACGGCAACAAGCACAUGGACAGGACAGGGAUUGUCCCCUGGAGGUGGGCCUCAGGUCUCCUGGGAAAGGUGUGGAAAUGAGAAGAGACAGCCACAGAAUCAAUUCAGUCUAUCAGAACCCAGGAAGCAAAGACAUACCCCUUGGAGCUCCACCGCCGCUCAUCUCCCCUAAAGGUCCCUAUCAUCCCCCUGCUCCUCCAACAACACUUUGGAACCCAGCUUCCCUCGUGGAUACACCCGCAGACUCCCGCAGAAAAUUCAACCCUCCUACACCACCAACUCGACCACCACCAGGACUGACCCGGACCGACAGGCCUCUGAUGAGCUGGGGAGAAGAUGGAAGCAAGAAGACUUCCAAAAGCCCAGAGAGGUGUCCCCCUCUGAGAGGGACAGGUUUACAGGAGUCAUGGAGCAGGACUGAGUCGGACCGAGCCCUCCACACCUUGUACCCCCGGCAUCAUGCCAAUAAUCACCACAAACCGUUUAUGCCUCCAUCUGCCCCGCCUGACCAGGGGUUUCAGUACCAGGCAGGCCCUCCGUCCCUGAUCAGGGAGCGGCAGACGCAAGCGCCGGACAACAUGUUGGUUUACGAUGAGGUUCUCCAGCAGCACCGGCGGCUGCUUAGUAAGCUUGACCUGGAGGAGAAGAGAAGGAAUGAGGCCAGAGAAGGAGGUUAUUACUAUGACCUAGAUGAGUCAUAUGAUGAGAGCGAUGAGGAGGAGGUAAAAACCCAUCUGAGGAGGGUGACAGAACAGCCCCCUCUCAAACUGGACAUGUCCUCUGAGAAACUGGAUUUUUUGCGUUUGUGCGGUCUCACCACACUGACCCAUCGUAAGGAAAUUCUGACUGAGAAGAGGAGGAAGAGGAGGAGAAUGAUGAGAGAGCGAAGCCUCUCCCCACCAGCAGUUCAGAGCAAAAGAAAGAUCUGUUCACUUUCAACACCCACAGCUUCUCUAACCACCCAGUAUUCUGCUGAGCAGAUGGACAGCACCCCUGAGCUGGAGGAGAAAAAAGACUUCCUCCUUAUGUUCAACCUCAGCCAUGUCAGCCCUCAGCAGAGGAAAGAUAAGGAAAGGACAGAUGAGCUGCUGAGGGCUAUUCAGAGGAAGACUGUGACAUUAGACACACUCAAAUAUAAUCCUCUGCCGCUGUGUAGAAGGCCUGCUGCUCUCUUAACUGGGGACCACUCCACAGCUCCUCUGCAGCCUCAGCCAAAUGGACACCUGUACCUGGAGUCCCCCAGUCCCUCCCCUCCCUGCUCACAGAAACACAAGCAGAAUGACACUCUCAAACCCUCCAUGGACUCCCAGGUUUCCUGCAUCCCCCCACCAUUAGCCCCCCAUCAUGGAAAGUCUGAAACAACAGAGACUCAGUCAAACAGGAAGCUCCAAGUCCUUCAGAACGGCACUGCCCAUCAGAAGAAGGAGCCUGGUCCCAUGUUGAACGGACGGAGCCGGCCCUGGGAGCGGUUCACACCCGAUGCUUUUGCUCAGCGCUUCCACCAGGCAGUGCUGCAGUCCACACAGAGCACAGUGCAGAGCAAAGGACUUUCUAACUGUGCCACAGAAGCUGGUGGAAAACCUGAACGCUCGCUGCCUCAAAACAGCCCUCAUCUGAAAACUUCACACGUCACCCACACCGCUCGGCAUUCACACCUCAACGGCCACCAUUUCCACUUGUCUGCAGCAUGCCAAGAUGCUUCGGCUCUGCGGGAGCACCUGUCCGAUGAUGAAGAGGUAGAUUCGGAUGAUGAAGAACAGGAAGAAGCUCCAAGGAAGUGGCAGGGCAUUGAAGCUGUUUUUGAGGCGUACCAGGAGUACGUGGACGGUAAAUCAAACUGGAGCAUAGAGCGGCAGGUUCUUCAAAGUCAGUGUAAAAGACUUGAAGCUCAGAAUUACAACCUGACUAGAACUGCUGAGCAGCUUUCUCUCACUGUGGGGGAGCUGGUGAGUCAGAGGCAGAAAGUGAGGGAGGAGCGGGACAGACUGCAGGCCCAGCUCGAGCACUUCAGGAGGUGUCUGACACUGCCGAAUGUUCACUGGGGCAGGAGCCAAGUCAACGGGCAAGCGCCGAGGUGACCUUCAAAAGUGACUGCAUCACGCUGGAGGAACCAUAAUGAGCAUGUUGGGCUGGAGCUGGGCUGCUUCAAGGAGCUAGAUGACUUCUUGUCUCUUCUCUGACCUGUCGGUUAUGUUACCUGACCCCUUCCCGAGUUUCUUUUUAUCUAACUACCAUGUUUACAAAAUCCAUGGCCUCCAGAGAGUCUGAUCAUGGAUAAUGAAAACACUUGGCCCAAAGCACCUCCCCUUAUUGAGCUCAUAUCAUCAAGUUAUAUUAGGAACCACACACCAGGGGCCCCUCUGGAGGGCAACGAGAAGAGUCGAGUUCUUCAGUGAGGUUUAGGUCAAGGAAUCAAAGCUCACCUCAGGCCUUAAAAUUGACAGGAUGCACUUGAAAUGGAAUUAGAGUAAAUACUUGACAGUCUUCUGUGUUGUAAAAUGUGAUGUCUUCUGAAUUCAGAGCAGUUUGCAUGCUCACAAAAUGACCUAUAGGACAAAUGAAGCUUCUAAAGUAUAUUUAAUAGCAAAAGGGUUUCAGUUGAGUCUGUUUUUCAUUUGUAAUGGUUCUUGUGAUAGAUGAAGUUUUGUACGUUUUACUGCUUUAACUUGUGAGAAAGCCAUAUGCUUUGGUGGAACUGCUGCUGGUCAGAAUAAAAAUGUUUAGUAAAUUAUGGACAGUACAACAGUUGCAUUUUGACAACAAAACAAAUGUUAUGCGAUGUCAAAAAGUUUAGAUUUAAAAGAAGCACUGCUGUCAGAACAUGACAAACAUCGGUCACUGAGAUUGUGCAUAUGACUUUGUCUGAGGAUCAAAGUCCACAGUAACUAUCUCAUGUCUAUUAAAGUACUUUUCGGAUGGGCCUUUUGUGUUUUUAUGUGGCACUGAAGUACUUUUGGACAUAUCCCAGAUUAAUUAUGUUGAGAAAGUAUUUUCAACACUGUGUCUCUUGAGACCUGACGGCCUAUGUGUGACACGAACAUCAAAAUCAUACAUUUUUUAUGAUAACUAAGGCCUCUGUUCUUUUUUUAUAAGAUUUAUUUUUGCUCAAUCCACAUAAAUUAACGUCACGAAGAGAAAUUAUUUUUUUUCAUGUACUAGAUCCUCUUUGAGCAAAAGACACAGUAGCAUUUCCUCCCAGUCCACCUGACAGCUCUGCUCAGUCACCUCUUCAAACCUGCUGAGAAAUCUUGAGUAGUUGCUUUAUCAGUUUUUAUGUGAUGUAUUAUUUAGGCUGUAUAAUUGCAAUGAACUAUUUAUUACCACAUAUUGGUGUACAUUCCGAUGGAAAUUUACAUUAAAAUAUUUGUAAAAUG